ACUACGUACACACGUACUCAUAGAGCUCCGUAUUUAUUAGUGAAUAACAGUUACUAUUUUGCAUUAACUAAUUAUAAAUUGCAUAUUAUAGUGUGACUAAAUCAUUUUUUAAUAUAUUAAUUAAUUCACUACUGUAAUCUGUGUUUUAAUAUCAACAAUAAUUAGCUUUUCUAUAAACCGCACAUAGGCAGUUACUUUAGCCACCUUACACGUGGCGUCAUUAUAUAAAAAAUUAAACACUGAAAUUAAAAGAACAUUUAUUGCUCCAAAUUGGCAUAAUUAUAUGAACAUAUUCUCAGGGAAAGUGUUAUUCAAUAUCAUCAUAUUAUAUUAACCAAUAUAUUUUUGGAUUAUGAUAUAUUUCUGAGAAUAUUUAUUAGUAACGUGGUAUUAGCCAAUUUUAUUAAGCUCAGUGCCGUGUUCAUGUAAUGUAAUACUCCAGGGCGCAUAUAUACGUGACUUUAGACAACUUUAUCAGCCCAGUGCCGUAUUCACCUGCCAUAAACUAUAAAGAUAAAAUAAGUAACCUUAACAAGUGACAUUCCAAUAUAAACAAUAGUGUAAAUCAUUGUGUUCAUAAUCUAUAUAUUUUUUUACGGUGUAGUAGAUUCUUAUUAACAUAAUGAGUGAAGCUAAAGACAAUAAACAAGCCAAUACUCCGGUCGGCGCUAAAUGUCGUGGGUGUUCAUCAAGUAUCGCAAAAGAACAUGCACAAUGUACUAACUGUCAAUCAUACUAUCAUCCCAGUUGUGCAAAACAAGCCGUGCCUCUAUCUGGUGGUAUCUUCCAAAGAUGUUGCGGAAGAAGAGGAUCUGCAUCCACUUCUGAUGAAAUCCGCGACAUGCUCAAACUAGAAAUGCUCGCACUAAGAAAAGACUUCAAAAAUGACAUCAAAAUUGAAUUAGCUCCUGUCAUUACCAGUGUAAACGGACUAAAGUCUCAAGUGCAAACCUUCACAGAGCAAUUUCAAAAGAGAAUUAGCUCAAUAAAAAAUACAGUCACUGAACUUGACACUAGAAUUGAGUUGAAUGCAAACACAAUCAACACUAAUAAUGAAAAAAUUACAGAGCUCACUAACAGAAUCUCUGAGACUCAAUGUUUAAAUGACAACAUAGUAUUACUGAGGGAGGUUGAUGAUCGAAUGGCUAGAAGAAACAAUGCAUUAUUUCUUGGAAUUAACGAACCUAAUUCAGUAUCAUCUUCAGAACGUCUAUCAAAUGAUUUAAGUCAAGUACAAGGAAUAUGCGACACUCUUGUAAACAAGGUUGAAAUAGUUUCGUGUUCUAGAAUUGAUAAUAUCGGGUUUGAUAAAGGCAAAGAGGACGAAAAACUUUCUACUACCAGUAAAGAACCUCUCAAUCGUUCACGAUCGCACAGUACUCCAAAGGAAGGAGCAGAAGCUAGUCCAACAACAACUUCAGGAGAGGAUAGCAGCUGGAGAGAAGAAUUUGAAGAUUGUCAGUCGAAACGGUCAACCGAUCAUAGUUCAGGGUCGUCAAAAUACUUCAGUUUCGACUCCAAGAGCGUCAACAACUUAAACUUAAGUUCUUUUGAACUUACAUUAUAUUAUCAGAAUGUUAGAGGAUUAAAUACUAAGCUGGAUGACAUCUUUAGUAAAACAUAUAUGGUUGAGUAUGACAUUUUUGCUUUUUCCGAAACAUGGCUUAAGUCAGGAGUUCAUAAUAGCGAAAUAUUUAAUAAUAAUUAUUCUGUUUUUAGAUGUGAUCGACGAGAGGAGUUCAGAAGAUCGGGUGGAGGUGUACUGAUUGCAUGCAGGAAUACUCUGAAUGUAGUGCCUUUAAAAUUUGAUAACAUUCAUCAACUCUUCCCCCAGGUUGAGAUCGUGGGAAUUUUAAUUACUAAUCUUAAUAUUAAAACUCAUAUAGUAAAUAUUUAUAUUCCACCUGACCUGCCUACACAUAUCUACUCCGAUCUCCUUGAAUUGCUCUCGUCACACUCUGCAAUGGAAGCUGAAGCUUUGGUACUACUGGGUGACUUUAACUCUCCACAAUUUUUAAACUCUUUGGCUGGUGGAUUGGAUAGGAAGGCUGAUCUACUAAUUAAUUUCUCAUUAUUUAACAACUUAAGACAAUUCAAUGAAGUAUUGAACAGUCAUGAUAGAAUUCUUGACUUAGUAUUAUCAUCGAUUGAAUGUAUGGUUAAUGAGGAUCAAUCUCCUCUGGUAAAAUCUGACUCUUACCACCCGGCGUUAAGGAUCCUUGUUUCCACUAAUCUGGUAAGACCUAAAUUUGUUACAAAGAAACCUCUGGGAAUUUACAACUUCCAUAAAAUUGAUAUAUCGCGACUCUUAUCUGAGCUAGAACUUAUAAGUUGGGAACCUUUAUCUGAAUAUCCUUCACCUGAUGAAAAGUGUAAAUAUCUUUACAACCAACUGGACUUAGCAAUUUCUAAAUCAGUACCUAGGAUCAAAACUCACAAUUACAAACCCUCCAAAUAUCCUCCGUGGUUUACAGCUGAUAUCAUAUAUGACUGUAAGAUGAAAGAAACACUUCACCAUAAAUAUAAAGAAAGUAUAGAUACAUCAUCUUAUCUUCAUGAACAAUACAGGUACAUCAGGAAAGUUCUUAAAGCAAAAAUCAAGUUAGCAUAUAAGAAUUAUAUCAAAAAAACUGAGGAAAAACUCCUCUCGGAUCCCAGAUCCUUCUGGAGUCACAUCAAAUCAAAAAAAACCAACAAACAAUUUCCUAGUAGCUUUGUCAUAGAUAAUAACUAUGUUGAUGACUCUCAGCAGAUUGUAAAUUCUUUUGCAUUAUUUUUUAGUAGCGUAUACGAACGACUUGAUGAUGAAGUGUUCUCCCGCCUUAAAGUCUGUAAUCUUAAUCACAUAGGUGGUGUUGAAUUACCAAUUGAACUGGAUAUAAUGCGCUGCAUAAAAAAACUCCCUAACAAAAUGUCAGCUGGCCUCAAUGGUAUCCCUUGUAAAAUUGUCAAGGAAUGCUCAGCAGGACAGUAA